UGUAAGCAAUGUUUACGUUAUGGAUUAUCUAAAAAUAAUAACAUUUAUUAAUGUACAUGUAUUACUGUUGAUAAUGUUUUAAUACAUGUGAUAUUUCUGGAAAAAAUCAAUAACCUCUAUUAAGAAGAUGGGAUACCCAAAUAAAAAUUAAUACCUACUAAAUAUAAACCUAAAGAAUAAAUUUGCAGGAUGUUUCUUUUGUCGAUAAAGAUUAUAUGAAGCUCUAUAAAUAAAUAUCUGUAAAAUUACAGCUUGAUAGUAUUGUGUUGGAAGAAGUUUCCUUGAACAUGAAGGAGGCUGAUGAUUUUAAUGCAGUGUUAAAGGAAAGCAUCAAUGUUGACUUCGAAGUUGAACAACAAAGUAGGUAUUUUACAUCGUUUGGUGUACAGAGAAAUCCCACAAUAGGAGAUGGUAACUGUCUUUUCCGGGCAAUUAGUGUUUCCCUUUAUAGUCAUCAAAAUAACCAUCUUCAACUCCGAAAUCUGGCUGUGGAUACACUUAGAGGUUUAUUUCAAAAUUAUUUUCUUGAAGGCAGAGGUACCCCUGAGGAGCAAAUUAAUGUGUUAAGUCAGCCUAAUACUUAUGCAGGCCAGGAGUCUAUUUUAGCUUUGUCAAUGGCUUUGAAUAUAAAUAUACUGGUAACGUUUGGCAGUGACACACUUGACAACCCAGUCACUACUUAUGAAAAUACAUUUUCUGAUGGUGAGCAACCUUAA